CGCUUCCACGCCACGUUCUUUGGUGCGUCACAAAUUCAAUUCAAUUCAUCCGAAUCCCACAAACCCUUCCACAUCUUCCAUUCUUUCUUCUACGUUUCGCUUUUUAGGUUCGUUGUUUGGGUCUUUUUUCUUUUAAUUAAAAGCCGAUCGAUACCACACACUUCUUGUAGUAGUAGUAGUAGUAAUAUCGAUGGAGGUCGCCGGCGUUGUACUCCGUCAGGCUCCGUGCUUCUCUUCGAGCGGUGGUGAUGCCUUCAACUCCCUGCACUUGCACUCUUUUCCGAAGAUGAAACCGGCCAGAUCUUUCUGUCUUAAACAAUCAUUCAAUGUGAAGUCCCUUGUUGCUUCCGUGGGUUUUGAUGAGUUUUCCGACAAGAGCCACUUACAAUAUUAUAACGGGCCGAUGAUGGCUGUAAAGGAGAAAGAUAUUGCUUCAAAGAAGAAAGAUAUGAAGAAGAAACUGAAACUGCUCAAGGGUUUGUCCAAGAAUUUGUCUACUUUCUCUGAUAUGGGCUUCGGUUUGAAUCCUGAUGAUGGGUUGGAUCACCAAGUUAAGGGACAGAUGAUCUCGGAAGCAACAGAGGUGUUACUUGGACAAUUACAGAAGCUAAAAGCAGAGGAGAUGGAAUCGAAGAGGAUGAAGAAAGAAGAGAAGGCGAAGAAGAAAGCUGCCAAGAUGAUGAUGGUUUGCAAUGAGUCGUCGUCUUCGUCGGAGAGUUCUUGUUCUUCAGAAUCUGACUGUGAGAACAUGGUUGAUAUGAAGCAGCUCAAAACAGUAACAACCCCAAAAGUCAUCCUUCAAGAAGUAACACCAUCACCAUCACCAUCACCAUCUUUGAGUAUCACGGAAAUCCCAGGCUUGAUUCCUAGCGACGUAUUGGUUAGUGUUGAUGAGGGAAUUAACAAGAUAGAGGUUUGCAUGGGUGGGAAGUGCAAGAAAUCUGGAGCUGAAAUGUUGCUGGAGAAUUUUCAGAAGGCGGUAGGAGGCGGAGAAGCGGCGGUGGUGGGUUGCAAGUGUAUGGGUAAGUGCAGAGAUGCUCCGAAUGUGAGGGUAGGCAAUGGGGGUCCGGUGUGCAUCGGAGUUGGAGUGGAGGAUGUUGAUUCGAUUGUGAGUAAUUUCUUUGGUGGCAGUCGGAGAUGUGGUUCUGAUAUGGUUCCGGCGAUGUAUGGUGUUUGAUUCCACAUAUACGUAUGUACGUACAGAUUCCAGCUUUAUACGAUUGGAAAUGGAUCAAUUCCAAAUGUAAAUGUUUGUUGGAUUAGAUUUUGGUAACUUGUGUAGAUAAGAUAUGGGUUGUUUUUGGUUGAUUAUGAUUGGGUACUAGUAAAAAUAUAUAUAUAUAGAGCAAGUUGCAAAUUGUAAUUUACAGAA